AAAGUAAAGCGAGAUAAAAAAUAAUAAAAACGACAGUAGAGUCAUCUUGGAUGAUUCAAGUAGAAGUAGACAAAAUAAAUUUUCAAUAAAAUGUAAACACAAAUUUGAGUACUGACUAGAAAUUUAAAAAAUAAGCAUCUAGAAUUAUGGUAUUUAUAUUUAAGAAUUUAAAUUAUCAACCAAAGCUUUAAGUAGUCAAUUAAAAUAAAUCAACGAAUUAGCAAAGUAUAAAAAAAAUAACAAUAAAAAUGCCGGGUCAUAAACAAUCAACAGAGGGAUAUUUAUUUGGAGUUUGUGGUGUCAUAGUGCACUUAAUUAUUUUAUGGGGUGUAUUGGAUGCUAAUUUUUAUUCUCCAGUAUUAAAUGACUUGCCAUCAGUUAAACCUCUCUCAGGAGCACCUGCCAAACGUUUGUUUUUAUUUGUCGCCGAUGGAAUGCGAUACCGAACAUUCAGUUCUGAGCCAGCGCCUUUUCUCAAAAACAUCAUCAAGACACAAGGAACAUGGGGCGUGUCGCACACAAGAAUGCCGACAGAGUCACGACCUGGCAAUGUAGCGAUAGCUGCUGGUCUUUAUGAAGAUCCGAGUGCUUUGUUCAAAGGCUGGAAGGAAAAUCCAGUUGAGUUUGACUCAAUAUUUAAUCAGAGUACGGUGUCAUGGGCUUGGGGAAGUCCUGAUAUCAUUCCAAUGUUUGUCAAAGGAAGUCAUUCAAAUGUACACGGCGACAGUUAUCCGGCAGAAUGGCAGGACUUUGACAAGGCUUCCAAUUCUCCAAUAACCCUAGACUCGUGGGUUUUUAAAAAGUACUUCGAAUGGCUGGACAAAGAAGCAGUGACGAUUAAAAACCAAAAGGGAGUCGUGUUGUUCUUCCAUUUACUCGGUUGUGAUACUGCAGGUCACGCCAGCAAACCCCAUUCAAAAGAAUAUAAAGACAACUUGAAGUUCGUCGACCAGAAGAUCAAAGAAGUUGUGAAAAGUGUUGAUAACUUUUUUGGAGACGGUCGUACCGCUUAUGUAUUUACUGCUGAUCAUGGAAUGACUGACUGGGGCUCACAUGGCAGUGGCUCCGACGACGAAACUGAAACACCUUUCAUUGCUUGGGGUGCUGGUGUCAAUCAUCUUCCAGGUCGUCGUGAUAUUGACCAAGCCGACAUUACUCCUCUGAUUGCAUCACUUCUUGGAAUUUCAAUUCCUACUAAUAAUGAAGGAGUACUACCAAGAUUAUAUUUACAAUCUGGUAAUCAAGAGUACGGCGCACGUGCUUUAUUAAAUAAUAUAAAACAAUUACUGAACCAAGUUAAGGGAAAUCGUUUGGUAGCAAGUGGAGAAGGUUCGUCGUACUCUAACUGGCGGGAACGCGAGCUGGAAAAAAUGAUUGAGAAAAUUGAAAAAUUGCUCCAUGACAAUAAAGUCGUUGAAUCUAUCAGAGUUGCCGAAGAGACUGUAAAUAAAUGCAAAAGUGUUCUGCAUUACUACCGACAGUAUCAAAAAAAUCAGUUGAUCGUCUACUUGACUUUGAUGUGGCUCGGAUGGAUUGUUUUGUUGGUUUUAAAAAUAACCGGGACACCACGAAGUCAUCUGACAAAUUACAAAAUAAAAAGCGCAUAUCACACAGUACUUAAUAUAAGUUUCAUAGCCGCUGUGGUGAUACUGAUCGUCGAGCAUCUUGUGUCAGGUAGAAAAGAUUCCCGAGUUAUUUACUAUGGCAUAGCGGCAUUUAUAUUUAUCUGGCUCGGUUGCUGUGCUGCGAUGGUACUGGUUCCAGUUUAUCACGUCAAAAAAAAUGAAUCAUUGAGAAUAAUUAUCGGCGGUACUGUUUUAUUAUUACUGACAAUGUCUGCUGGUUUAUUUAACAAAUUAUUCUUUAGUUUGGCGAUGGUAAUAACAGCUGUCAUGCAGAAAUUAACAAUUAAAAACACUGAUAAGCUAUUAAUCUUAACGGCUUUGGCGCUUGCUAUUUAUCCGGCGUUGCCUACUGUAAAACCAGAGCCCCAGACUGGGAUAGUGCUGAUAAGCGUGGCCGUGGCAGCGGUGGGUUUAGUGAUACACAAUUUGCCCUCGCAUAUAUUAGUAAUCGAAUUGAUACGGCUGUCACUCACCACGUUGAUAUUAACGGGUGACAUUGACGGCAGAACGGGAUUGUCGUGGAUUAUUUUAGCCACCAGUCCGAUCAGUAUAUUUUUGCACCCAGCAGAUGACGUUAAAAAAAGACUGACUGGUGUAACUUACGGGCUAUUUAGCCCUUUGGUGCUGCUGUCAGCUUCCUACGAGCCUCAAGUUUUUUUACUGCUUGCGGUUCAUUUGAUGAGACUCCUGGACAAUGACAAUAAUGAGCAAGAGUUGAAAGCAACUGGACACUGCAGGAGAUCAUUGAGUCCGUCAGAUCUCGUCACGGCUGCUUACUUAAUGCUGUACAUACUGCUGUCAUUUUUCGGAACAGGAAACAUGGCGAGCAUCAGUUCAUUCGAUCCGAUGUGGACGAAGCAUUUCAUCACACUCUUCUCACCUUUCACGAUGUCCGCAUUGAUUUUGCUGAAACUCGGGAUUCCAUUAAUUCUAGUCGGAUGUGCGAGCCGCGUGCUCGCGUCAUCCUCAAUAUUUUUAGCAGUUUUGCUGCUGGGUGACUGUCUGUCUCUGCCACUGAUGUUCACUGUUACGGCUCAAGGCAGUUGGCUAGACAUAGGAACUGCAAUAAGUCGUUACACCAUCGCAGUGACACUUCCGUGUCUCUUUUUAAUUCUCUACCAUCUCUCAUGUCCGCUGAUGACUGUUGACUUUUCUUCGCGAAAGACUAUGAAGAAACAUCUAGUUUAGGUUUUAUUUAAAUAAAAUUAUACUCAGACUUUUAAU